UUUACUUAUUUUAACCAACAAAAAAAAUACAACAUUUUUGGCGUCUGAAAAUUUAAAGUGCAUUUUAAAUCCGUUUUAAGUGGUUUUUAAGACAAGUUGGCUGGAUCGUGAAAUGGGAAGGUUCUUCAAGGCUACGCUUUGAAUGAACUGAAUAGAAACAAAACGAAGACUGCAGAAAAUUUAUAUUUAAUCAAAAUUUAAGUGAAACUCUGCUCCAAAAUGGAAGUCUUUAGGAUUUUGGUUCCUCUUCUGGUUCUGGGUAUUACUUUCCCAUGUAUUUCCGCCGAGGUUUGGCGUACUGGCUACACAGGACUUGGCACAACCCAUGAACAGAUGGGAAUGGUCCAUUGGCCCCUGGCGGAGUUCACCCAGUAUUUGUCAGUGGUGAACUACUCGGAGACACCGGAAGUCCGAACCGGUGGCAUGGAACCCGCCUAUAGAAUCGGGGAACAAAUCUUGAAUGGCAUUUUCACCGAUGAUCCACCAAUUCCACCGGGUUACGUAAAAUUGAGAAACGAUGACACCUUUGUUUUGGGACCAAAAGUGGAGCAGGAAGAGUGGGAUGAUUUGUUGAGAAGCUAUAUGUUGUUUAUUUUCUUGGUUAUUGUCGUCAUGCUCAUCAUUAUUCUUAUACCGUGCUUGGGUAUCUGUUAUUGCUGUUUCUGUUGUUGUCGACGGUGCAAACAAGGAUGUCCACCAUGCGAACAAGAUCGAGAUGCGCGAAGACGUCUGAUUUGCGGAGCCUGUCUGUUUUUACUCAUCCUGCCAAUUAUCCUGGGCCUCGUCAUUGCCUUUUUAUCGAAUCGAACGCUGGACUUGGGAUUGGAGGACACCACGAAGACCAUUAAGAUGGGCAGCGAGGACACCUGUUCCUUUCUGAGGGAUGUUUCUGACCACAUCCACCACCUGUUUGUAUACAACUUUGAGGAGAUGGAAAGACAUCUGGUUAAUCUGCUAGGAAAGGCCCAUCUACAUGUUUUUAUGGAUUUGAGUGAUACAUCAGAGGCGAAUUCCAUGGAGGAACUGGAAAGAAUUAUGUCUAAUACUCCCAAAGCAUUAAUGCUAAUGAAAAAGGUUAAUACUCUGGAGAAAGAGAUGCGUUUCCUGACUGCCCAAUUGAGAGAUGGUUUGCGAGGCGUAAAACGUGAGACAAACUUUGCGGUUGCCGUUCAAUGUCGACAGGACGUGUGCGAACGUUUUAUGACCAGAAACGAUAUACAGUUUCUAGACACCUCAACUUGUUUGAAUAUGGAGGGGCUGCCCGACACCAAAGUCUAUGUGGAUGCCUUGGAGAAAAUCGUUGAUGCCAAUUUGGCAGAGAUUCCCCAGAAGGGUUUGGCUCGCUUGAGGGCAGUUCAGGACAAGAUCAAGGCGGAACUAGAUCGCGUUUCGCCGCCCAUCAGCAGGGAUCUCGCUUUGGCCAAGGAAACGUUCAGGGCGCAGGCCAGGUUCAUAGCCAAUGCCAUCGAUGCCGUCAUCAGCCAGGUUCACUUGGCCACCUUAAAUUCCUCUAAAUCUUUUGAUGAUGUUUACGAGAGGUUCAACGAAAGUCGCUCCACACUCAAUUUGGUCGUCUGUAGUCUGAUUAUAUUUGUAUUGGUCCUUUUGAUAUUUGCUCUGCUUUUUGGCUGUCUGGGCACCACUUCUACAGGUCCUAUGGGCAAUGGUGUUUGUAGCAAAGUAACUGGCUCGUGGUGUUUGUUAAUUGCGAUUAUCCUGUUGUUCUGCAUCCUAUCGUUCAUCUUCCUCGUGGGACUGUUCUACUUCCUCCUCGGAGUGGUGAUCUACGAGGGAGCCUGUGCUCCGCUAAGAGAUAUGUCGAACAACACGAUAUUCCGCACCAUGGAACCCACGGUUGAUCUCAUGCAGGCAAUGCCCCGCGGAGAUGGAAUGGUAACGCCUCCCCUCAAAGUAUCCACGGCCAUACAAGCCUGCCGCGAGGAUGAGUCCAUCUUCAACUAUUUGCGGGUAAAUGGAAUCUACGAUGUGGACGAUCUGAUUCGAGUGCAGAUUAUCAACAACGAUGUGUCGGCGCAUAAACAAGUUUUCCGUGGCGAUCUCUCAACGGUAACGUUGCUGGAAACCGAUGAGAAGGCCUUGCUGAAUGAUAUGCGAAAUGAAAAGUUGGCCGACUAUCACAGCACCCUCUACUCAAAAAUCCUGUGCAAUCAGUUUGCGCCGCAGAAUUUGAGAACUUUGGCGGAGAGAUAUGACGAUCUAUCGGAAACGCUAUCGUAUAACAGUUUCAAGGAGGCGGUCAUCAACUUUAAGAUCCAGAGUCUCCAUAUCAAAGCCUACGUUAAGCAUUUUGAGAGCAAGCUGCAGUCGAAUUAUGCGGAGAUAACCAGCCUGCUGAGCAGAAUUGAUAAGAUGAUCUUGUACGAAAACUACAACUUUGCCACGAGUAUCCAUAUAUUGCUACAGGCAGUCGCCAAUUCGGAGGAUUUCAUCCAGCAACGAGGGGUGCACUUCAUCAACACUCUGGGCCAGAAUCUCAGCCUGGUGGUCGAUGAGCAGGCCGAGGAGUAUAUCGGCUAUCUGAUGGCCCAGUGCAACCAGAACGUGGGCCACUGCCGACCCCUCAGCUACAUCUACGACCGCAGCAUCCAGCUGGUGUGCCGCAGACUGGUCGAUCCUAUAAACGGUUACUGGGUGGGAAUCCUGCUGUGUGCCUUUUUCCUGAUACCCGUGCUUAUCCUGGCCCACUUUCUCAUGUGUCUAUAUACGAAAAUAAUGAUAGUUCCUUUAGUGGCCAUUGGUGGUUUUGCAGGAGCCCGCAACUGUCCCAUUUGUACUGGGGAACCGUAUGUACCUCCUCCGAUAAUAUCCUGCGGAGGUGGCCAACAGGCAUAUUGCGGGUGCCGAAUAUCCGGGGCCGGAACCAAGGACUUCGAGAUGGAUUUGCCGGUUGCCCAUAAAUCCUCGGAUAGCCUACUGAUUAUAACUUCCGACGACGAAACGAAUAAGAAAGACGACUAG